AUGCCCAACACGGGUGUCUUCUGUCGCUUUCAUCAGUUCGGUGGACACGACACCGAAUCUUGUGUUGCCUUGCGCAACAUCAUCGAAGGACUUAUUCGCGAUGGGAAACUGGAUAACUAUGUGAACAAUCUCCCACCCCCACCUAACCCUCACCAACGUCAGAUCAACAUGAUCUCAACUAUCAGUGGUGGUCCUACCCUGGCUGGAACCUCCAACAACUCCAUCAAACAUUAUGUCCUCUCCACCUAUGCGCACCAGGUCUUCAGCGCUGAGUAG